AGCGUGAGCCACCGUGCCUGGCCAACAAAAUGUUUUUUUAAUUGUCCCAGCUACUCAGGAGGCUGAGGCAGGAGGAUCCCUUGAGCCCAGGAGUUGGAGGCUGCAGUGGCUAUGAUUGCACCACUGCACUCCAGCCUGGGUAGCAGUGGAAGACCCCAUUUCUAAAAUAAUAAUAAUAAUAAAUUCCUUUUUUAUACUUUAAUCUUCACUUGAUUAUCAUAAAAUACAUGUUUUAGUUAAAAUGUCAUAAAGCUAGAACUGAACUCCCUUAGGACCCCAUCCUUCAAAGACAACCUGUGCUUUCUUAAUUGCAUUGUAAAUGUUUUAAUAAAGUAAUUUUUUUUUUUUUCAUUUUGCUAGCUAGCUAGGUAAGACAUUUUCAUGGUUUAGGACUUAAAAGGAACAAAAGGGUAUAUAGUGAAAAGUUGAUCUCCUUCCUACCCCAAACUAGUGUUAAGAUUCUUGAAUGUCCUUUCAAGUAUGUUCAGGCAGACACAUAUAUUCACACAUAUACAAUGGAGCCAACUGUAUACACUGUUCAGUACCUUAGUGUCCCUCCCUGGCUCCCCAGCAACUUAUUUUGAAGAUCUUUCCAUUUCACAACUAUGGCUGCCUCAUUCUUGUUGAUAGCUGAUCGUAUCCUCUGCAGAGAUACCACCAUGGAUUUAACUAGUCUUCAGUUAAUAGGCCAGACGGGCGCAGGGAACAACUGGGCGAAGGGGCACUACACGGAGGGCGCAGAGCUGGUGGACGCAGUGCUGGACGUGGUGCGGAAGGAGUGCGAGCACUGCGACUGCCUGCAGGGCUUCCAGCUCACGCACUCGCUGGGCGGCGGCACGGGCUCGGGCAUGGGCACGCUGCUCAUCAGCAAGAUCCGUGAGGAGUUCCCGGACCGCAUCAUGAACACCUUCAGCGUCAUGCCCUCGCCCAAGGUGUCGGACACGGUGGUGGAGCCCUACAAUGCCACGCUGUCGGUGCACCAGCUGGUGGAGAAUACAGACGAGACCUACUGCAUCGACAACGAGGCGCUCUACGACAUCUGCUUCCGCACCUUGAAGCUGACAACGCCCACCUACGGGGACCUCAACCACCUGGUGUCCGCCACCAUGAGUGGGGUCACCACCUCGCUGCGCUUCCCGGGCCAGCUCAAUGCUGACCUGCGCAAGCUGGCGGUGAACAUGGUGCCCUUCCCGCGCCUGCACUUCUUCAUGCCUGGCUUCGCGCCGCUCACCAGCCGCGGCAGCCAGCAGUACCGGGCCCUGACCGUGCCCGAGCUCACCCAGCAGAUGUUCGAUGCCAGGAACAUGAUGGCCGCCUGCGACCCGCGCCAUGGCCGCUACCUGACCGUGGCCACCGUGUUCCGCGGGCCCAUGUCCAUGAAGGAGGUGGACGAGCAGAUGCUGGCCAUCCAGAGUAAGAACAGCAGCUACUUCGUGGAGUGGAUCCCCAACAACGUGAAGGUGGCCGUGUGCGACAUCCCGCCCCGCGGCCUGAAGAUGGCCUCCACCUUCAUCGGCAACAGCACGGCCAUCCAGGAGCUGUUCAAGCGCAUCUCCGAGCAGUUCUCAGCCAUGUUCCGGCGCAAGGCCUUCCUGCACUGGUUCACGGGUGAGGGCAUGGAUGAGAUGGAGUUCACCGAGGCCGAGAGCAAUAUGAACGACCUGGUAUCCGAGUACCAGCAGUACCAGGAUGCCACCGCGAAUGACGGGGAGGAAGCUUUUGAGGAUGAGGAAGAGGAGAUCGAUGGAUAGCCGGAAUAGAGCCGCCCCAGCUCAGAUCCUACAACACGCAAAUUCCUUCUUGAACCCUGGUGCCUCCUACCCCAUGGCCCUGAAUGGUGCACUGGUCUAAUUGUGUUGGUGUCGGCCCCUCACAAAUGCAGCCAAGUCAUGUAAUUAGUCAUCUGGAACAAAGACUAAAACAGCAGAGAAUUGCGGGUUCUACCCAGUCAGAAGAUCACACCAUGGAGACUUUCUACUAGAGGACUUGAAAGAGAACUGAGGGGCCACAAAAUAAACUUCACCUUCCAUUAAGUGUUCAAGCAUGUCGGCGAAUUAGCAGGGAGUUAGAAACAGUCUUUUUCAUCCUUUGUGAUGAAGCCUGAAGUUGUGCCAUGUUGCCUUAUAUGAAUAUGCAGUAUGGGACUUUGAAAUAAUUGAUUCAUAAUAAAAUACUAAACGUGUGUCUUCA